AUGUCGACAUCCAAGGCUCCCGAGUCGCAGCCCGUCGCACGGCCCUACAAGGUCUAUAAGCGACGGUUCUGGGGCUUGGCGCAGCUGGUACUGUUGAACAUCGUUGUCAGUUGGGAUUGGUUGACCUUCUCGUCGAUCUCAACCACGGCCGCCGAGUAUUUUGGGGUGUCGGAGAGCGCCAUCAACUGGAUGAGCACCGGCUAUCUCUUUGCAUUCUGCGCCGUCAGCCCAUGUGUGAUUUGGGUCCUGAACAAGGGCGGUCCCAAACCGGCGAUCAUCACCACCGCAACGCUCCUGCUCGUUGGAAAUUGGCUGCGAUAUGCCGGCACCAGAGCCAGCAGCGGCAUCUUCGGCCUGGCCAUGUUUGGGCAGAUCCUGAUCGGGUUUGCGCAGCCCUUCUGCCUGUGCGCGCCCACCCGAUAUAGUGAUCUCUGGUUCUCGGACCGGGGCCGUACCAGUGCCACGGCUGUCGCCAGUCUGGCUAAUCCGCUGGGUGCGGCGCUGGGCCAGUUGAUUGACUCGGAGUGGGCAACCAAGCCAGCAGACAUCCCAAACAUGGUCUUGUAUAUCUCUAUCAUUUCGACCGUCGCAUCGCUCCCAUCAUUCUUUCUGCCCGCUGCGCCGCCGACUCCCCCAAGCGCAUCUUCAGCCAUCCCGCGCACCCCGCUGAUAGCCGCAUCGCGGCAGCUACUCACGACCGUGGAGUUCUGGCUGAUCCUGAUCCCUUUCUCCGUAUAUGUGGGAUUCUUCAACAGCGUCUCAUCGCUGCUGAACCAGAUCCUGAGCCCGCACGGAUUCUCCGAGACCGAAGCCGGCAUAGCAGGCGCGAUCCUGAUCGUCGCGGGCCUGGUGACAGCGGCCGUCACAUCACCACUGACCGACCGCUUCAAGCACUAUCUCUGCUCGAUCCGCGUGCUGGUACCCAUCGUCGCAGCUACGUACAUCGGGCUGAUCUUCGCGCCGCCCAGCCCCGCGGGCCUUGCCCCGUCCUAUGUGGUCAUGGCUCUUCUGGGCGCGUCCUCGUUCGCGUUGCUCCCCAUCGUCUUGGAGUAUCUCGUCGAGAUCACCUACCCGUUCUCUCCGGAAUUCGGGAGCACCAUCUGCUGGACGGGUGGCCAGCUCCUCGGCGCGUGCUUCAUUCUCAUCCAGGACGCGCUCAAGGCCGAUACGGAUGCAGACCCUCCGUUCAAUAUGCGCAAUGCCCUCAUCUUCUCUGCUGCGGUGGCAGUCGUCGCUGCUCCGUUUCCUCUGUCUCUUGGGCUGUUUGGGAGAGUUGUUAAACGGCGUCGGCUGGAGGCUGACCGCGUUGUCGAGCUGCAAGCGCCCGAUACUGAGGCCCAGCCAGAUACUAGUGCUGGUUCAAACGCGGGGAUCUGUCAGCUUGACUCUGCCACUCCAUUGGACACAUCCAAUCCGAAGAUUCUCUGA